AUGGAACGUCUGUUUUUUAUACUCAACGUAUGCAACCUACUAUGGAGCACUGCAAGUCUUCACUGCGGAAAUAUUCAUCCAGAAGAAAUUGUGGAACGCCUAAUGGCUAAUUAUAGCAGAUCUGAGAUUCCGGAGCCCUGGCCAGUGCCGGUGCAAGUAGAAGUCACUGUUCAAGAUGUCAUGGAGUUAUCUGUUCUGAGUAACAGUUUCUCAGCCGAUAUUUGGUUCAGUGCUAUUUGGCAUGAUCCUCGUCUAGCUUUUUCACACCUAGACCAUUGUCGUAAAAACUUAUCAUUCGAUGAUAAAUUUGAAAACAUGCUUUGGUCACCUAACGUAUGCAUAGUCAAUACGAAGUCAACUGAAGUACAUAUGUCUCCAAAACCUAACGUGCUUCUUAUGAUCUUGCCAAAUGGAACUGUGUGGUUGAAUUACCGCGUAAAAGUUCAAUCGCCGUGUGCCAUGAAUUUAGCACGCUUUCCAAUCGAUCAGCAAACUAAUGCACAAACCUUUCAUGUGUUCGAAAGUUACUCCUACAACACUGCCACAGUCUCUGUAGAUUGGAUGCCCACGCCUGUAACUGUUCUUGAUGAGUUAUCUCUACCUGACUUUGACUUGAUGUCCCUGCAGACUUUCAAGCACACAGAAGAAUACAAAGCGGGACAAUGGUAUAGACUAACAGUGGAGUUCCGUUUCAAAAGACGUUAUGGUUUCUACAUUCUCCAGAUGUAUUUCCCAACCUACAUUUCAGUUUUCAUAUCAUGGAUAGCUUUCUGUAUUGAUACAAAGGCUUUGCCUGCAAGAAUAGUGUUAGGAGUGAACUCCUUGAUGUCCUUAACCUUCCAAUUUGGAAACAUUAUUCGCUCACUACCACCGGUUUCAUACAUCAAAGCCAUCGAUAUUUGGAUGUUUACAUGUGUGGCGUUCAUUUUCGCUUCAUUAGUGGAACUAGCAUACGUUGCAUAUCAGGACAAAAAACUUAUAUUGAAAACAAGUAAAUGGAAUCCAACAUUCAAUGCUGUCUUACAUUUUCUGAGAACGUUUGAUCCAUUAGCUGAUUCUUCUCACGUUGCCAAUGAAGUUGUAGAGGACCGCGCCUCCCCGAAGAAAUCGUUUUUGGAAGAAAACACUCUGAUGGAAGAUGAGCUUGCAGAACAUCGUCAACGAAUGUAUUUGAGAAGAAAAAAUAGUUUAUUGGAUUUUGGAAGUAAAGUUGAUCGUUUGUCCUUUUUCGCAUUUCCAUUGUGUUUCUUUGCCUUUAAUGUGUUCUAUUGGAGCUAUUAUCUACAAGACGAAUCAGUAACUCCAAGCUCAUAG